AACAUUCUUCAGAACUGAGCAAGAGUUCUGAGUUGUCUCAGCUCUGAAAUACCCAACUCCUCUCUCAAUGGCUUCUUCUUCCACUCUACUCGUCCUCUCCUCCGUCUUCCUCCUCGCUGUCCUCUUCAUCAUCCUUUUCUUCCUUGUCCACCGCAGAAACCCCUUCCUCCACCUCCCGCCAGGAACCACCGGCCUUCCUCUUCUCGGGGAAACCCUUCGCAUGAUCACCGCCUACCGUUCCGGCCGCCCCGAACCCUUCGUAGACGACCGCCUUCGCCUUUACGGCUGCCGCCUCUUCACCACCCACCUCUUUGGCGAACUCACCGUCUUCUCCGCCGAUCCUGACUUCAACCGGCUCGUCCUCGCCGGCGAAGGCCGCACCUUUGAAUCCAGCUACCCUUCUUGCAUCUCCACUCUCCUCGGACGCCGCUCACUUUUGCUUAUGAAAGGCGCCCUUCACAAGCGCAUGCAUUCUCUCACUCUCACUCGCUUCGCCUCUCCUCAAGCCAUUCGCUCCUCGCUUCUCCCCGGCAUCGAUCAACUGAUUCGCCUUAACCUCAGGUCAUGGGGCGGUAGUGUUCGGUUGCUUGAUCAGGCAAAGAAGGUGGCCUUCGAGAUGAUGGUAGAGCAGACCAUGAGCGAGGGGCCGGGGGAGUGGACGGAGAAUCUCCGCCGACAUUAUAAUGCUCUUAUCGAUGGAUUCUUCUCUGUUCCCCUGUUCGCGUUCCUCCCUUUCACUACCUACGGAAGAGCUAUAAAGGCGCGGAAGAAGGUGGCUGAGGCGCUGAUGGAGCUGGUGAAGAGGAGGAAAGAUGAAAAGAUGAGGGAGACAGAGGAUGAAGCAGAGAGCCGGAAGAAGGAUAUGGUGGAUGAGCUGCUUGAGGCUGAUGAGGGUUUCUCGGAGGAGGAGAUGGUGGAUUUUUUACUUGCAUUGCUGGUGGCUGGACAUGAGACGACGCCGAUUAUGAUGACUCUAGCUGUCAAGUUUCUCACUGAUAACCCUUCUGCUCUAGCCCUCGUCAAGGAAGAGCAAAAAGAGAUUCGGGGGAGGAAGAAGGACGAGCUUGAGGCUUUGGAAUGGAGCGAUUACAAGGCGAUGUCAUUUACACAGUGCGUCGUCAAUGAGACACUGCGCGUCGCCAACAUUAUUAGCGGCGUUUUCCGGCGAAGCGUUGCCGAUGUUCAUUACAAAGGUUACAUAAUUCCAAAGGGAUGUAAGGUGUUUGCUUCUUUUCGAGCAGUCCACCUCGACGAAAACUAUUUCGAUGACGCUCGCACUUUCAAUCCCUGGAGAUGGCUGGACCAAAACAACAUGAGAAAGGAUGGAAGUCAGCAAGUAGGGGGAGCCCCAACAUUCACCCCCUUUGGUGGCGGCCAGCGGCUAUGUCCCGGCUACGAGCUGGGACGCGUCGAGAUCUCGGUCUUCCUCCAUUACCUUGUCACCUGCUUCAGCUGGGAAGUAGCAGAAAAGGAUAAGCUGGUCUUCUUCCCCACCACAAGAAUGCUGAAAGGCUACCCCAUCCAUGUGCAAUGCCAUAGAUCUCUUUGAUUUGAUGAUUGUAACAUGCAUGGCAUUGGUUAGUUGAAGAUAGUUAAUAGUAAUGAUACUGAAAGUGAUUUAGAGUUUGUAAGAGGUUUGUGGGUAAGAUAUUGCUUUGUUUUAGAGUGUAAA